AUGUCGACGCCCGUCGCACGCUCGGUCCUGACCGAGCCAGGUCCACUCGGUCCCGCCCCCGACACCGCCACCGACCCCCAAGACGCCUCCCUCGCCCCCCUCUCCUCGUCCCCCCACUCGCCGCCGUCCGCUUCCUCCGGCCCGCUCUCGUUCAAGCGCCGCGCCGCCCAGGCGCGCUCGGGGCGCGACAAGAGCUCGCGCGGCGGUAUCCUCGGCAGCAUCCUGUCGCGGUCCAACGACGACGACGACCAGCACGACAUGGUGCCCAACCCGCCGACCCUUCGACGACCCGACGCGCCCUCGCACAUCGCGCUCCCGCCUGGCUCGCACGUCGGCGAGUCGGCGGCGUACCGUCGAACAGGAGCGAGCGACGAGGAGGACGACGACGAGCUGUCGCCGGGAGCGGGAGGCGCGCUCGGCGGCAAAGGCUGGAGGCGACGGCUCCCGAGUGCGGCGGCGCAGCGACGCAUGCUCUCGGCGAGCGCAGGAGCGGCAGGAGGAGGUGCAGGGCCGAGGUCGCGCCGCUCGACGGGCGCGAGCGCGUUCCUGUCGCCGUCCAAGGAGCCCGGCAUGCUGUCGCCGACCUACUCGCCGAGCGCGAGAGGCGGCGACGGCGGCGGCGGUGCAGGAGACGGCGCGUUCCCGGGCGAUGCCGGUCCCAUCGUCGUCACGCCGCUGCCCAAGAUCCCGAUCUUCGUCCUCAGCAUCUGCAUGCUCGGCGAGUUCCUCUCGGCGUCCGUGUGCUCGCCGUUCCUCUUCUUCAUGGUCGAGAGCUUUGGCGUCGGCGAGAACGGCGGCGGCGAGUCGGCCGUCAGCCUGUGGACCGGCGUCGUCGCGGCCGUCUUCUUCCUGUCGCAGUUCCUCACCGCCAUGAUCUGGGUCUCGGUCGCCGACAAGCACGGCCGGCGCGCCGUCCUGUGCGCGUCGCUCCUCGGCAACGGCCUGACCGUCAUGGCGUUCGGCACGUCGAGGAACCUCGGCACGGCCAUCUGCACUCGUCUCGCGAUGGGCUUGUUCAACGGCGCCGUCGGCGUCGCCAGGAGUGCCGUGCAAGACGUCACGGACGAGUCGAAUCGGUCGACCGCCUACACCAUCCUCGGUCUCUUGUGGGGCAUGGGCGGCAUCGUCGGCUCGGUCCUCGGCGGCACCCUCGAGCACCCGGUCGAGAAGUACCCGCGCUACUUUGGCGACUCGCACCUGUUCGCCGAGUACCCGUACCUCCUGCCGUGCAUGGUCGCCGGCUCGGUCACGCUCUUUGGCGGCGUCAUCUCGCUCGGCCUGAACCGCGACGGCGGGCAGCGCGAGGGCGGCAUCCACCUCCCGACCGAGAAGGACGUCGAGGUCGCAGCCGGCACCCUCGCCCGCAUCAAGGACUGGUUCCUCGCCCGCACCUCGUCCCUCCUCGCUCGACUGCCACGUCGUCCCCCUAUCCACCUCGCGCACAGCUCGGGCGCAGUGUCGCUCCACCCUUCCUCGGCCGACGUCCCUCCUCUCCCUUCCCCCGCCGAGUCGCCCGAAAUCACCGACGACGCAGGCCGAGGCCGCGAGCCCUCUCGCCACCAAGGGUCGGCCUACGGCUACGCGAGCAGCCGGCGAGCGAGCCAGGUCAACUUUGAGCGCGACUCGGGCCUGCGCAUCCCGUCGAUGCGCCGGCGAGGGUUCCGCUCGACCUCGAUGGCGACGACGAGCCGGUACGACGCCGACAGCGAGGUGCCGCACUCGUUCGCCGAGCGGCUCCUGCUCGCGCAGAACCAGGCCGUCUUCUCGCUCAGCGACGUCUUCCUCGCCAAGGCGGCCGCCGAUGACGACUUCCACGCGGUCGAGUACGACGGGUCCGUCUUUGAGCGCGACGACGACGAGGAGUCGCGCAUCGAGGGCGUCGACCACGACGGCGCCAACUCGGAGUACGAGGGCGUCGGGUUCGGCACGGCGCCGCCGUCGAUGGACGACCUGCGAGGCGAGGCGGCGCGGCAGGCGGCGCAGGCGCCCGUGCCUCCUUUCGCCCGCCCCGGCUCGCCGUCGCACUCGCUCGCGCCGCAGCAGCAGCCACGUGCGCCUAGGCGCGGCACCCUCCUGUCGCCGACCCGGGACCGCAUCGUCUCGCACGCGACCAACCCGUCCCGCCAGCGUCGCGUCUCGACCUCGUCCUCGGCCCGGCCCAUGUCGAUCUACGACAACUCGGGCCUCGCGCCCGAGACGAUCGCGUCGGCGGCGGGUCAGCUCGUCGCGCAGCAUCAGCAGCAGCUCUCGGCGCCGACGACGCCGGACGAGUCGCGGUUCUCGCCCAUGGCCGCCAUCCCCGAGACGAGGGCGGCGAGCAUCAUCGAGCACGGCGCGUCAGACGACGACGCCUCGACCGUCAUCGACUAUGGCGGCGCCGGUGUCGGCGGCGGCCCGAGCGCUGCUGCGGGCGACGUCGGCUCGGGCGCCAACUCGGUCGUGUGGCAGCUGCCGCUCGCCAUGAUCGCCCAGUACCUGUGCGUCGGCAUGCACGGCACGGCGUGCGACCAGAUGUUCACGUCCUUCCUCGUCACGCCCAUCGCGAGCGGCGGCCUCGGACUGUCGGCCGACCACUACGCCGCCCUCGUCGCCACCAUGUUCUUCUUCUCCCUCAUCUGGCAAUUCCGCUUCUACAGCGCCGUCGGCCCGCCCAACGGCUCGCUGAGCCACCUCUCGAUGUUCCGCCUCGGCUUGAUCCUCUACGUGCCGGUGUACCUCCUCUUUCCUGAGCUGCGCGGCCUCGUCGGCGACGGCGACAAGGUCGGCCUCGUCAUGCUCGGAAUGAUCGUCCUGUCGGCCAUCCGCUACCUCGCCAACGCGUGCGCCUAUACUGCGGUAAUGGUCCUCAUCAACGUCAUGACGCCGCCGGAGCUCGUCCCGCUCGCCAACGGUCUCGCCCAGUCGUGCAUCUCGCUCGCGCGCUUCAUCGGUCCGCUUCUCGGAGGAUCCGUCUUUGCCGCCUCGAUCGCCGACCCGGCCAAUGCCCACCCUUCCGCAGGCUUCCACCUCAUUGCCGCCUUGUGCUUCUUCGGCUUUGUUCUCAGCUGGCGCAUCAAGUAGACGGCGCACGCGCCCUUUCCUCUCCUCACUCGUACACGUAUCUGUCUCUUGUUGCUCCCUACUCCCCCUCCUCGUAAUAGCAUCCCCUCUUUCUCGCGCCGUCGAGCCCUUUCCGUGACAGCCCGGCAUUUGCAACUUCUGCAUGUCUACCAGAUC